AGAGGGAAGAGAAGAGAGAUAGUAAAAUCCAAGCGCUGGGAUUCCUCGCCUCUCAGGCAGCUCUUUUGAACUUUGUUCCUCUCCUGCGAGAGACUAACGGGAGCCACUGCUAAAUGCUGUGUGUGUUUUCCAGCCACCUUCUGGAAAAUAAUACGCACACACAUAUGAUAGCACAAAUGGAUUUGACUCUGGGCAGUGAUGCUGUGUGCUGGAUUAAGGAGUGCUGCUGUUGAAAGAAACAGUGGAUGACUAAAACUGCCUUUUGCACUGACGGAAUGGCAGGUUAAGAGGCAGCAGCUCUUCUUUCUCCUGUUCUUUUGUUUUUUUUCUGUUCUUGUUGCUGACUGCUCCUGCUUUCUCAUGCUCGACCAGCUUUUUGUCAAGACCUCUUGCUGGCACACACACACACACACACACACACACACACACACACACACACACGGUUUGUGAAGGUGAGCUGCUGCUGACUGCGCAGACAGGGCUGACAUGGAGCGCUUCUUUGGGUUUGUCAAGCUGAUAAGGAGGUCCAGGAGACGCAAAGGCAAGAAGUAUCGCCCCGAGGAGGAUUACCACGAGGGAUACGAGGACGUCUAUUACUAUGCCUCGGAGCACCUGCAGAAUGAGGGACCGUAUACCAAACCGUCAAACCCCUCGAAGCCACCAGAGGGAGCACUGGCUAUUCGAAGGCAAAGCAUCCCAGAUGAGUUCAAGGGCUUUACGAUAGUGGAGCUGAUGAAGAAGGAAGGCACCACCUUGGGGCUGACGGUGUCUGGAGGCAUCGACAAGGAUGGCAGGCCCAGAGUGUCUAACCUGAGGCAAGGGGGCACCGCUGCUAGAAGUGACCAGUUAAACGUCGGCGACUACAUCAAAUCAGUAAACGGGAUCAACCUGACUAAGUUUCGCCAUGACGAGAUCAUCAGUCUCCUGAAGAACGUCGGGGAGAGAGUGGUCCUGGAGGUUGAGUACGAGCUGCCACCAGUCUCUGUGCAAGGAUCGGGUGUAAUCUUUAAAACCGUCGAGGUCACUUUACACAAAGAAGGCAAUACCUUUGGAUUUGUUAUAAGAGGAGGCGCCCAUGAAGACAGGAACAAGUCCCGCCCUGUCGUCAUCACCACAGUCAGGCCUGGAGGUCCAGGAGACAGAGAAGGAACCAUUAAGGCAGGAGACAGGCUUCUGAGUGUGGACGGGAUCCGACUGCACGGGACGUCCCAUGCGGAAGCCAUGAGCAUCCUGAAGCAGUGUGGCCAGGAGGCGACGCUGCUGAUUGAGUAUGACGUGUCCGUGAUGGAUACAAUAGCAACUGCUUCUGGACCUCUGCUGGUGGAAGUUGCCAAAAGCCCUGGCUCCAGUUUGGGAGUUGCGUUAACUACCUCAAUGUACUGUAACAAGCAGGUCAUUGUCAUCGACAAGAUUAAACCUGCAAGCAUUGCCGACAGGUGUGGUGCACUGCACGUUGGCGAUCACAUCCUUUCUGUUGAUGGCACCAGCAUGGAGUAUUGCACUUUAGCAGAGGCCACCCAGCUUUUAGCCAGCACCUGUGAACACGUCAAACUGGAGAUUCUGCCUCACCACCAGACCCGACUGGCUCUCAAAGGCCCAGACCACGUCAAGGUGCAGAGGAGCAACAGGCAGCUCACCUGGGAUUCCUGUGCCAACAACAACAGCAACUUCCUCACCUACCAACAUUAUAACACCUACCACCCUGACCAUAGCAGGACGCAAGCCUUGAAAUACCAGAAACACACUCCAAACAACCUUCCUCUGGUGUCGUUGUCCUCCUUUUCUCCUGCCUCCAUGAGCGCGUACAGCCUGAGCUCUCUGAACAUGGGGACCCUGCCUCGCAACCUGUACCCCACCAGCCCGCGGGGGACCCUCAUGAGGAGGAAGCUGAAGAAGAAAGAUCACAGGAGCUCCUUGUCUUUAGCCUCCAGCACUCUGGGUCUCUCUGGGCAGGUUGUCCACACAGACACCACCGAGGUUGUCCUGGUCAGUGACCCCGUCACAGGCUUUGGGAUCCAGCUGCAGGGGGGGGUGUUUGCCACGGAAACUCUCUCCUCUCCACCUCUCAUUGCAUACAUGGAUCCAGACAGCCCUGCAGAAAGGUGUGGGAUCUUGCAAGUCGGGGACCGGAUUGUGUCUAUCAAUGGGAUCCUGACAGAGGGCAGCACCCUGGAGGAGACCAACCAGCUCCUCCGAGACUCCAGCAUCACCAGCAAGGCCACGCUGGAGAUAGAGUUUGACGUCGCCGAGUCUGUCGUUCCUAGCAGUGGCACGUUUCAUGUGAAACUCCCUAAGAGACUGGGAGUAGAGCUGGGAAUCACCAUUAGCUCUCCGUCCAGCAGGAAGCCAGGGGACCCGCUCAUAAUCUCGGACAUUAAAAAGGGCAGCAUGGCUCACAGGACGGGCACUCUGGAGCUUGGGGACAAGCUGCUGGCGAUCGAUAACAUCCGCCUGGAUAACUGCUCGAUGGAAGAUGCCGUGCAGAUUCUGCAGCAGUGCGAGGAUCUGGUUAAACUGAAGAUCCGCAAAGAUGAGGACAACUCAGAUGAGCAGGAGAGCUCCGGCGCAAUCAUCUACAUGGUGGAACUGAAGCGAUACGGGGGUCCACUGGGGAUCACCAUCUCCGGGACCGAGGAGCCCUUUGACCCCAUCAUCAUCUCCAGUUUAACAAAGGGGGGGCUGGCAGAGAGGACUGGAGCAAUUCACAUUGGAGAUCGAAUCUUAGCGAUUAACAGCAACAGCCUGAAGGGGAAGCCAUUGAGUGAAGCCAUUCAUCUUCUACAGAUGGCUGGAGAAUCCGUCACCUUGAAAAUCAAGAAGCAAGGAGAGGGUGAGCCAGGUCUGGAGCAGCGGCCAAACUGCAGGCCUUCAUCACACACUGAAAUGCAUUCAUUGUUGACAAGCCCUAAGAAGAGCUCUGUGUCGGGACAGCUCAGCGAGCUCAGUGAUGUGGACGACGAAUCGCUGACGACACUUCAGCCCGGCAAGCUGUCCCACAUCUACGGCACCACCAUUCCCAGCGUGGACAGCGCCGUCGAGUCCUGGGACGGCUCCGGCAUCGACACGGGCUACGGGAGCCAAGGUCCGGGGUACCAGGCGUCUGGGUACAGCUUCCACAGCCACGAGUGGAGAAACGCCAAACACGUGGGCGGCCUGUCCCCCGCCAGCCGCCAGAGGAACAACGCCUUCCAGGACAUGGGGCUCAGUGACGACGAAUGGGACAGACCCACCACUAGUGGCUACACUGGCAUCAAUGACGGCACUGAGCCUGACCAGGAGGAGAAUUUCUGGUCGCAGGCCCUCGAAGAUCUGGAGACAUGCGGUCAGUCUGGCAUCCUGCGAGAACUCGAGGACAAGCCUGACAGGCUUCUGAAUAAGAGAAACCUGGCCAUCUUGGCUUCUAUCAUGUCUGGGAGUACAAUGAGCCUGAAUCGCGAGCAGCCCCAGCCCCGCAGUCUACUGGGCAGGCAGGCCAGCUUCCAGGAGCGCAGCGCGUCCACACCCCAGUACACUAAAGCCAGCCGCAGCAACACCCUGCCCAGUGCCGUGGGGAGGAAGUCUGUGGCCGUGAGGAAGAUCAAGCAGGAGAUGAAAGAGAUGAUGUCUCCCACCCCUGUUGAGCUGCACAAGGUGACACUUUACAAGGAUUCCGAUUUAGACGAUUUUGGUUUUAGCGUUUCAGAUGGGAUGCUGGAGAAGGGUGUGUACGUGAAUAACAUCCGGACCAACGGGCCAGCUGAUCUAGGAGCCCUCAAGCCUUACGAUCGGCUGCUACAGAUAAACCACGUGCGGACCAGAGACUUUGACUGCUGUCUGGUGGUGCCUCUUAUUGCAGAGUCUGGCAACAAACUGGACUUGGUGAUUAGUAGAAACCCACUGGCUCGCCAGCAGGGGGCAGAACUGGUCCAGCCGCUUUUACAACAGAGCGUCUCUGGAGAGUGGAACGACCAGGGCACUGCACUUCAGCAGCAGCAGCCUGGACGAUUCGCGGGAAUCGAUAUGAGGGAGCCCACCAAAACAUUAUAGCAAAGCCAACUUUGAACGACUUGAGCGUUCCCAUGGUGCUACAGCACUUUGAAUUGUGCUCCCCUGUGGCGAUUGGGGCAGAUGUCUGCCAAGAGUCUAUAAUAAGCACAGUGAACUUCCUAUGUUACCAGAGCAUGACCCACAGUUAAAGCUCUCGGACCCUACUUCCUCUCUUGCGUAUGAUGGGUGUGUUUCAAACCUUUGUGAUGAUAAUGAUGAUGACAAAGUGCUUUCGGUAUGUGAAAAAAGUGCCAUCCCUUAUUUUUAACCCAAGAAAUGUUAAAAGACUAUUGUGCUCACUUGAUUCAAGAAAAGAACCUAGCAGAUGACAUUGAUGCUUUUGUGUUGUACCGACCAAUCUGUGUACAUGACUGGGGUGUUUAAAGCCUUCAAUCCAGACCCCACUCCUAAGGGGACAUCCCAUAUACAAGACUACUGAGUCCAGUAAUUCAGCAAGGUGAGGCAGAGGCCCUCUAGACCACAUCCCAGCCAGUGGAAGCAGGUAAAACAGCGAAGGGAAAGAAACUGCUGGCUUUAAUCUUUAACUGCAACUGCAGUGGGUCUUCACUUUUCCAAAACCCAUGAAUAUUGUGCUGAUACGGACCAGGGGGCGGUUGCAUAAAAUAGCUUCAGCAUUAAAAAUUAGCUGGUUUCCAGAAAAGAACCCUGCUCCUUACACUUCAGGAUCAUUUCCCCUUUGUCGAGGGCAUUCACUUAAAUGUGUUGCUUAAAAAGGUAACCCUAACCCAUAAACUCAAGAACAUUUAAGGGGAAUACAUUUACUGUAGAACAAUGUGCCUGUGAUUUGACCAUAAGGGAACAUAUGGUCCUGUGGUGUUUUAUGCAACUGGCCACAGUCCCUCAGCAAUCAGGAGACACUGUGAUGAAACAGAUGGGAUUGUAGCAGAUUGCUCAGCCUCACACUUGAGUCUUGCCUACACCUUCUUUUAUAAGGCAGUACGCAUGAGGUGGUGCAGUUAACCCAAGAUAUACAACUGUACUUUUUUUUUACUCUGCAUCUUUUCCCAAUUUUAGUAAAUAUUUACCAUGCUAGUGUAUAUGGAACUGACAGUGUACAUUGAUGUGCCAUUGCAAGUUUGAGUUUGUGGUUACCAGCUGUUUACUGAGCUGCAAGCUGUACAAAUAGAACUGUGUGUAAGAUGGCACUGCACGGUGUGUGUGUUCUGAGAGUUUUGGGUCUCUGGUAAAUUUGCUGUAUUGGAUGAGCCCGUAAUGUAUUCCCCCCCAAGAGAAAUGCAAUGUGUUUUUUUUUUUGUUUUUAAGUUCAAAGAUUUAAAUAUUUUAAAACACAGGUAGAAAAUGCAGUGGUGAAAAGAAGCCAUGUGUGUUCAGAAUGAUUAAAAAACCUGUGCAUGUAAUGGUGGCUUGCUGACUGGUGUUCCCCUCAUGUAGUCAGUGACUACAGCACACCCAAUUCUACAUUUCACAACAAAUCUCACAGCAAAACACCCCUUGUUUCAGCACCCUGACAAAAAUACCAAUAUGGCCCACAACUUUGAAAUGUUUCCAGAACACCCUGUAGCGUUUAAACAAACACAUUACUUUGGCUGUCUUGUGUUCUGUGGCUCUGGCAUCAGCGUUGAUUUGGGGUACAAGAGGGGAUGUCUGCGUGUCUAGACGAGCACUAGAGAAUCACUUCUCAAGUGGUCUGUGUUUCAGUCUCCAGCUUGUUAUUCACCCAGGACAUGAGAGUACAAAAAUCAACACAACAGUGAUCAUGUUGAAUAGAUCACUUCAGGACAUAGACAUACAGCACAGGGGUGUCCUGUAACCCUUUCAUUCUUCACAACAGUGAUCAUGUUGAAUAGAUCACUGCAGGACAUAGACAUACAGCACAGGGGUGUCCUGUAACCCUUUCAUUCUUCACAACAGUGAUCAUGUUGAAUAGAUCACUGCAGGACAUAGACAUACAGCACAGGGGUGUCCUGUAACCCUUUCAUUCUUCACAACAGUGAUCAUGUUGAAUAGAUCACUGCAGGACAUAAACAUACAGCACAGGGGUGUCCUGUAACCCUUUCAUUCUUCACAACAGUGAUCAUGUUGAAUAGAUCACUGCAGGACAUAGACAUACAGCACAGGGGUGUCCUGUAACCCUUUCAUUCUUCACAACAGUGAUCAUGUUGAAUAGAUCACUGCAGGACAUAGACAUACAGCACAGGGGUGUCCUGUAACCCUUUCAUUCUUCACAAGAAACACAACCCUUUCAGGUACCAGGGACACAUGUGUCCUACAAAUACAAAUGUAACUCUUAAAAUGUAUUUUAAGAAGAAACCGUUUUAACAAGCGCGCGAUUCUUUGUGUACCUGAAUGGGUUAAAAAAAAAAAAUCCUGAGAGGAGGAAUAAAAAGCAUCCUGGUUAAAGAAUUGCAAUUUAUUUUUGUUAAUACAUUUUAAUGAAUAUUUGACUGCCAUGUUUGUAAUCUAACAAGGCAUUAUAUAUACAUAUAUAUAACUUUUUUUUUUAAAACACAUACACACACAUACGCACAUACAUGCAUACAUACAUACACACACUGAGCAUCAAAAGAAACUUAUCACGUAUAUUUGGAUAAAAUUCACUAAAUGUGAUUGAAAAAUAACAAACUCUGUUUAGAGUGGGCAGGUGUUGACUCUUGGUCUCCCAGUUCGUGGCCUGUCAUUGACUGCGUCUGGUUAUACCGUCUCGUCAGGUUUGAAAUUGCUGGCUGUGAGCACCUAAGACGGCGAGCCACAGUACGCUGCCCUAGUCCAGCCUCCAACAUGCCGAUUACAUGAAGGCGCUGCUCUCUUGACAAAUGUGGCAUAUUGUUUUUUUUCUGUGAUUUUUCUUUAUUGCUUUUAUUCAAGCUUGCAAUUCAACAGCUGAAAUCACUCCAUAUCCAGUGUCCAAUCAGCUGUCUCACAAAUUAAUUGAUUCAGUGUAUAUGCUUAAGUCACAAUCACUCAAGCGUGUCAUGGUCAAGGAUGAAUGAUCGAGUGAUUAAAAAGAAACCAGAAA